GGGAUGUCUGGCAACCCUGAUGUAUGAGCGGCAGUGUCUAACGUUACCACUCAACGAUCAACGAUUGUACAGGUACCGGGUAGGGAUACGGAAAACAGAGUAAUCAAAGUAAUCAUUUCGUGCUCGGAUUGGUACUCGUUACUUCGGGUAUCUAUGAGUAACGAGUACUCGAGUUUCGUAUGAUUACUUUUUCAACACCACUACAAAGGAUAAGAGCUUGAAAAAACCGGGAAUUGGUAAAUUUCUUAGAAACGUGAGCGUAUCAGCAUACAGAAAAUGAAAAAGUGGUAAAACCACGAAAGUGAAGUUGGUUAAGCCCAUUUUCUGUGCAUAUUUCAGAAAUUGUUGGUUCGCAGCACAGAUAGUCCAGAAUUUAUAUACCUUGCGGUCUAGGAAAAUCGAAAAAACAUAUUUUUUUUACCGAAAUCAUGGAGCAACGCAACCCAGAGGAAAAAAUCAUGUGUCCUUACAAUUCGGCUCACUAUAUAUUGCGAACAAGAAUGAAUACCCACUUAGUUAAAUGUAAAAAGAACUACCCAGAUACCAAACUUGUUGAAUGUGAGUUCAAUGUAUUGCAUAAGAUUCCAGAGCCUGAACUAGCGUAUCACCAUGAGAACUGCCCUAGUCGAAAGAAGCUGGAAGUGACAGUUUACCAAGAGGAAGGAGAAGAUACAAAUAAAUUCCCCAUAAAAAGUGAGGCUGUAUCUACAGAAGAGUCUUGGGAUGAUGUAAGGAUUGAAUUAUGCUAACUACUAGUUGAGGCCGUAUGUCCUUAUCUAUUUACCAUUGUGAUGUAUCAAAUUUUUGUUUCAUUUUUACGUAGCAAAUCCCUUACCUUUUUUUUCAUUUAACAAUUUACAAUGUGC